AUGACUUCAACUCAUCAUCUCCAAGAAUCCUCAGGAGAAAAAGGUCGAGAAUACGAUCAACACUCCAGCGAUGGAUCUACUCAAACUGUAUAUCAAAACGGCCUCCAUGAAUAUGAAUCCAAUGGAGAUGCAUUCGGUGAACCCACUGCCAAUGCGGUCAAUAUUGAUGCCGCCAAAGACGAAUAUGUGGAUUUAAAAAGAGAGCUAUCCCGUAUCAGUCGUUUAUCUACUCAUGCCAGCAAAUUAGAGGAAGGUGCCGCAGAAGCUGAUGAGUUCAAUCUCGACGAGUUUCUCCAUGACAUGAGAAAGGGUCAAAACGAGAAUGGCCACGAACUGAAAAACUUAGGCUUGAUCUGGAAAAACUUGACAGUCAAGGGUCAAGCUGCGGAUGCUCACACCAUUCCAACUGUCUUUACAUUUCUUCAAUUCUGGAAAUUCCUGGGCAUUGGUGUCAGCAAGAACAAAAAGGUCAUUUUAAAUGAUCUGACAGGCCACUGUGAACCAGGCCAGAUGCUCCUGGUACUCGGUCGUCCUGGAGCUGGAUGUACUUCCUUCCUCAAAGUAAUUGCCAACAUGCGAGGUGCCUACACUGAUGUCGACGGUAUCGUGUCUUAUGGCGGUAUUGAUGCUGAAACAUUCGCCAAGCGAUACAGAGGUCAAGUCUGUUACAACGAAGAAGAAGAUCAGCACUAUCCUACAUUGACAGCCAAGCAAACACUGCAAUUCGCCUUGCGUAUGAAGACUCCUGGAAAGCGUCUUCCUGAUGAGUCUAAGACUGACUUUGUCAACAAGGUGCUCUACAUGCUCGGCAACAUGCUUGGUUUGACCAAGCAGAUGAACACCAUGGUCGGCAAUGCUUGGGUCCGUGGUUUGUCAGGCGGUGAGCGCAAGCGUAUGUCUAUUGCUGAACAAAUGACAACAUCCAGUUCUAUCAACUGCUGGGAUUGCUCCACGCGUGGCCUCGAUGCUGCUUCUGCCCUUGAUUAUGUGCGCUCUCUUCGCAUCAUGACAGAUGUCUUUAAAAAGACCACAAUUGCUACUCUGUAUCAAGCCUCCAACAACAUCUUUACCUUGUUUGAUAAAGUGCUCUUGCUGGAUGAGGGUCGAUGUCUUUACUUUGGUCCCACUGCUGGUGCAAAGGAGUACUUUGAAUCUCUCGGUUUUGUCUGCCCCAAGAGAAAGUCCGUUCCUGACUUUUUGACAGGUCUCUGUAAUCCCAAUGAACGUGAAGUUCUCAAAGGCUGGGAGAAUGUCGCUCCCAAAUUCGCCUAUGAGUUCGAAGAGAAGUACCUUGCCUCUGAUAUCUACAAGCAAAUGAUGGCUGACUUUGUCGAAUAUGAACAGACCGUUCAAAACGAAAACCCUGCUGAUGUCUUUAAGAAGGCUGUCGAUGAAGAGCAUCAAAAGCGUGCUCCCAAGAAGGCUCCUUUCACUGCUUCUUUCUAUCAGCAAGUCAAGGCUCUCACUAUCCGUCAAUACUAUCUCAACAUUACUGAUUUGGGUGCCCUGAUCUCUCGCUAUGGUACCAUUCUUAUUCAAUCUCUUAUCACUGCUUCCUGUUUCUUCAAAAUGACUCAAGAUGGCACUGGCGCCUUUGCAAGAGGAGGUGCCCUUUUUUUCGCCGUAUUGUUCAAUUCUUUCAUCUCUCAAGCUGAACUUGUUAAUUUCUUGAUGGGUCGUCCUAUUCUGGAAAAGCACAAGCAAUACGCUCUCUACCGUCCUUCUGCCUUUUACAUUGCUCAAGUCGUCAUGGAUAUUCCCUAUGCUAUUGUGCAAGUGCUGCUGUUUGAAAUCUGUGCCUACUUUAUGAUGGGUCUCAAAUUGACUGCCGGUGCCUUCUUUAGUUUCUUUGUCAUCUUGUUCUUUAUGAACUUGUGUAUGAACGGCUUCUUUAGAUUCUUUGGUGCUUCUACAACUAGUUUCUUUUUGGCUACGCAAGUGUCUGGUGUUAUUCUUAUUGCUGUCACCAACUACACCGGUUAUACCAUCCCUUACAACAAGAUGCAUCCCUGGCUCUCGUGGAUCUACUGGAUCAAUCCUAUGACCUACUGUUACAAGGCUCUCUUGAUCAACGAAUUGAAGGGUGUCGAAUAUUCGUGCGAAGGUCCUGGCAAUGCUGUCCCUUACGGUCCUGGCUACGAUGACUGGAACUACAAGGUCUGUACCAUGGCUGGUGGCAAGCCAGGUAACAGCUACGUCCUUGGCGACGACUAUUUGAAUGACUAUCUUAGUUACAAUCCUAGUCAAAUGUGGGCUCCUGAUUUCAUUGUCGUUGUUGCUUUCUUCUUGUUGUUCACUGUCAUGACAGCAAGUGCUAUGGAAUUGGUCGGUCUCAGUAAGAGCGGUACUCUCACCAAGCUCUAUUUGCCUGGCAAGGCUCCCAAGCCUCGUACUGCUGAAGAAGAAGAAGCCCGUCUUAGAAAACAAGCUGAUUUCGGCAAAAACAUGGACAGCGUUUCCACUGGCACCACCUUUUCGUGGCAAAACAUUGACUAUACUGUUCCUGUCAAGGGUGGCAGUCUUCAAUUGCUGAACCAUGUCUCUGGUGUGGUCAGACCUGGGCAUCUCUGCGCAUUAAUGGGUUCCUCUGGUGCUGGUAAAACUACUCUGUUGGAUGUCUUGGCUCGUCGAAAGACCAUUGGUAAAGUGGAUGGCCGUGUCUACCUGAACAACGAAGCCCUGAUGACUGAUUUCGAGCGUAUUACUGGUUACUGCGAGCAAAUGGAUGUCCACCAACCUGCCGUUACUGUCCGUGAAGCUCUUCGUUUCUCUGCUUAUCUUCGUCAACCUGCAGAUGUGCCCAAGGAAGAAAAGGAUGCCUAUGUUGAAACUAUCCUUGAGUUGCUUGAAAUGGAAGACAUUGGUGAUGCUCAAAUUGGUGCUGUUGAAUUCGGCUUUGGUAUCUCUAUUGAAGAGCGCAAGCGUCUUACUAUUGGUAUGGAACUCGUGGGUAAGCCCAAGCUCCUCUUCUUGGAUGAGCCUACUUCUGGUCUGGAUGCCCAAUCCUCUUACAACAUCAUUCGUUUCAUCCGCAAGCUUGCUGAUUCUGGAUGGCCUGUGCUUUGUACUAUUCAUCAACCCUCUGCUAUUCUCUUCGAGCACUUUGAUCACUUGUUGCUUUUGGUGCGUGGUGGACGUACUGCCUAUCACGGCGAAAUUGGUCAAGAUUCUCAAAUUAUGAUUGAUUACUUUGAAUCUAAUGGUGGUCCCAAGUGUUCUCCUGAUGCCAAUCCUGCGGAAUACAUCCUCGAAUGCGUUGGCGCUGGUACUGCUGGUAAGGCCAAGGCUGAUUGGGCUACUAUCUGGGAGAAUUCUGCUGAAGCAAAGGCCUUGACUGAAGAGCUUGAAGAGAUCCACAACAGCUCAAACCCCAACCCUACUCGCAAUGCUCAAACCUACGCUACUAGCUUGGGCACCCAGUUCAAAUUGGUCUUCUCUCGCAUGUCCUUGGCUUACUGGCGUUCUCCUGAUUACAACAUUGGUCGUUUCCUCAAUGUCAUGUUGACCUCUUUGAUCACUGGUUUUACCUUUUGGAAAAUGGGAUCCUCUUCUUCUGACAUGCUGAACAAAGUCUUUGCUUUGUUUGGUACCUUCAUCAUGGCCAUGACUCUCAUUAUUCUUGCUCAACCUAAAUUCAUCACUGAGCGUCAGUAUUUCAGACGCGAAUACGCCUCGCGUUACUACAGUUGGUUGCCCUGGGCCAUCUCUGCUGUGCUCGUUGAACUUCCCUACAUCUUUUUCUAUUCUGCCUGCUUCAUGUUUGGUUUCUACUGGACUGCCGGUAUGAACCCUUCUGCUGAAUCUGGUGGCUACUUUUACAUCAUGUUCUCCAUGCUAGUGUGUUGGGCUGUUACUCUUGGCUUCGUGAUUGCCGCUGUGUCAGAGUCUCCCUUGAUGGCUGCUGUUAUUAACCCAUUGGUCAUUUCCAUCUUGAUUCUUUUCUGUGGUUUGAUGCAAGCACCAUCCGCUAUGCCCAAGUUCUGGAGCUCUUGGAUGUAUUGGCUUGAUCCUUUCCAUUACUAUAUCGAAGGUCUCGCUGUCAAUGAAUUAGGUGAUCUCAAGGUUGAUUGUAAUGAAGGUGAUCUACUUCGAUUCAGUGCUCCUCCCGGUCAAACCUGUGGAGAGUACACUACCAAUUUCUUUGCUUAUGGUGCUCCCGGUUACAUUGCUAAUCCCAAUGCAACCUCUCCUGAAUUAUGUGGCUAUUGUACCUUUAGCUCUGGACCUGAAUUCUACGAAUCUAGAUUUGACUGGAGUGCUAGCCACAAGUGGCGCAACUUUGGUAUCUUGGUUGCCUACUUUGCGUUCAAUAUUAUCCUCUUUAUUGGCCUCGUUUAUAUCUUUAGAAAGCCUAGACGUUAA